CUUUUUUUUUCCUUCUUUGUGUUGCAGUCAGUGCUGGGAAGGAUUUUGAUUUCUCUUACCCGAUAGGAUCUCUUAUCGGAGACAGUCGGGCAAGGUAUGACGUCGUGGGCGGUCGCCUUCUCGAAGUCUCAAACCCCUCCAACGAAUAAUGCCACCUGCCGAUUUCCGACCCUGCGCCAAACAACCUUUUUUCCAUUCCGGAUUUGCCUCCCCCUCCCCUCGUUCUCCUCACAACCCACAACCUUCGCAUCUCCCCGAAUCCGGGCGGCAACCAAACACGCUGAUUCGACUGGAAAUGCAGCUAACAGAGCCCAAGACCCAGUAGAAGAAGGAUUCUAGAAAACUUCGAGAACGGCGAAUCUGCGGUCAGAACAGCAACCUGCCCGCCUGCCCCUCACUUGGG